AUGUUGAGUAAUUUCACCAAUGUUGCUGGAAGCCCCGAGCUGGCGAAUUACAGGAAUCAGUUUUCGCUCAGCGCUGAUGACAAACCCACGCCCUUCAUGGAUGUAACUGGCAGUCAUGCCUUGUUGGAACCGUCGUUUGCCAGGCAAUCAAGACGUGCUGAAAGGGCACAUAAUAUUCGGGGUGUAUCUAAUGCUGUAUCUGACAAAAAGCUGUGGAGCCCUACUACUUGUAACCAGCUAAGAGGCAAACCUCUUUAUUUUAGUCCCUACAGCAGAGAGAAAAUGGCAGACUUGGCUGCUAAAUUUAUGGUCGCUAGAGGAAGUAAAUUAGUAGGGGAGAAAGGGAGGGUGAGUGUCAAAUCUGCAGGCGAGAAGGAGAAGAAAAAGGUAGGAGAUUUAAGGCAGCACAGUGCACCUGUGGCAAAGGUAUCAGGAACAUCACCUACGAAUACAGAAGGAUCUUGCAAGAACGCUAUCUUGGCUCUGUCCGGGCAAGCUCAUCAGGAAAAUGACACUGUUGGAAGUGAGUACUCAAACAUGGAAACGUCUUUGAGAUAUCACAUUCCGACGGUUGUCAAAUCCGAGCCCCUGAAAGAACAGGAUGCGAAUGCAGGAUCGCCUUUGGAUUUUCGCUGUAGGGCAUGGAAAGCUUAUGGAGAUGAAAGCCGAAGCUCAGUUGGGGACAGUCAUAAUUGUGAUAUGUGUAGAGAGGUAUUCAGAACGUUUCUUGAACUGGAGGACCAUAGCGUAGAAGUCCACAAGCGAUACUUGUGUGAGCACUGUAAGAAAGGCUUCACGGCCAGGCCAAAUCGAGAUCGCCACGUUCGCUACCACACAGGGGAACGGCCCUAUAAGUGUGACCUGUGCGACCUGGCAUUCUUUCGGGGCGAUGACCUGAAAUAUCACCGGACAACAAGGCAUCCCACAGCCCAACCUUUUGUGUGCCCCAGAUGUUCAGCCAGCUUCACCUGGGGCCGCGAUUUGGAGAAGCACAUCAGACAUUCCAAAUGCAAAGUUUAA